CAUCUGACAGGUCAUUACAUGCACAUGUGCACACUGUGGCAACCAACUGAUGCAUUCAAUGUUGUAUUGCAAGUUGCGCAAUGUCAAACAUGGGACCGACCCACCAAGGCCUCGCAAUUCCUUACAACGGCCUCAGCCACAAGUUGUGUUCGCAUAUCAAGAACCUCUGGGACCUAAUGCACAAGAUUACGCUGGUCACCAGUACUGCUAAGUGCCACUGCAUGUACAUGUAUACACCACUGCACUUUGCCAAUUUGGCUCUACAAAACUUAUGAAAAGCUGGCAGCUGCUCGCAGGUUGAAAUAUCAAUAGUGGAACUACAACAAGCUUCCAGCAAACUUGAAGUGCGUCAGGAUCCUGCUACUAAUCUACAACUCAAAGCCAUUGAUGCCUGCGCACACUCUCUUUUGCGUGCACUAAAUCAAACUGGUGGGAUCCAAAAACACAGGGGUUUGCAAGGACGGCAGCAAGCUUUUUAAAGACACUUUUACCAGUCCGCCCUGUUUGGGAAACAAUUAUCACAUUAGAGUUCCUUCUAUUUCCUGCUCUAGUUAUGCUGCGUCAACCAAGCUCAGGGCAUGACCGUCCCCGUACAUGAUGUCCAAACAACCCCUGUCCAACAUGCCCGCAAGGAACACAUUCCUCAGCCUUCUGCAGCAAGGGCCUGAUGGCCCGCGUGCACUUUUGCAAUGCCACCUGCAUCAGCCAACUACUUCUAUCCCUGUGCAUUGAGGCCCAGGUGUACAGCCCCCUCACAGCCAUCCAAGCUGUCCGCUACGCCCGUCCGACACCCUCCCAC